GUAAACCUGAAGGUAGGCGCUCAUCGAUAUUUCUGGCAGCGGCUACAACGCCCUAGACAUCGGAGUCCUAUGGAGGCUUCUCUGGGACGCUGCGAGUUCUGUCCCCCGCACUUCUACCGCCCGCGGGGUUGGCAGUGGGGGCAAGGGGUUGUGGCGGCGGGCCAGGCAGCUUUUCUGGUUUCCCCACAAACAAGAAGAGGCGAGAGUUCACUCGCUCAGCCCUUUGCGAGAGGGCCUGGUACUUUCGUUCCAAAGCUCUCGUUUCCUCGGGGAACAGAAUUGCGUCACGCAGUAGGUGCGUUGUCUUUAGUCUUCCCCCCGUUCCCUCUGGGGGACCGGAAGGGGUUAAAGCCCAGGCUCCCGCGUCGCGAGAGAAGGAGCGGCCUCGUUAGCAGGAAGGGGCGAGCGGGAAGUUCCUCGGACCCGACCGCAGCCGGGGAAGGGCUCGCCUGGCCGGAGGAGAGACUGGAGGUUAGGCUCUGGAUGCAUUUCCACGCGUCUAGAGUGGAUUUUGCAGCGGAGAGCGACGGUAGCGCGAUGAAGUUGUGAGCGUCUCCUUCGAAAAGUGCACGUCCUCCGCCGCCGCCGGGAGACGAACCACACACACGCUUCGUCCAAGAGGUGAAAAGAAAGUCCGCCGUCUCCUCCAGGCAUCGCUGGCCCGUGGAGAACUGACUCAGACCCCGGUUCAGGAUCCUGGCAGGUGGGAGGAGGUCCUGUUGCAAUGACUGAGUUCCCAUGGUUUAUGUAAAGAAGCACGUAGAGGAGAAGCAAAAACAAAACAAAACGAACAAAACCGGAACGAAGGCAGCCGGCAGUGACCCACCUUAGAGCUCUUAGGGCUUUGCUUUCAAAGCUGGGACACCUCGUAGGGGACGGCUGAUUUCUGAGGACCUAAGGAAUUCUUGCAAGGCCGCGCAUCAAGAGGAAACCACCGAGUUUAUUAUUAUUCAGUAUGUUUCCACUGACUGAGGAAAACAAGCAUGUGGCCCAGUUGUUGCUCAGUACUGGUACCUGUCCAAGAUGUAUUUUCAGAUUCUGUGGUGUGGAUUUUCAUGCACCUUACAAACUUCCCUACAAGGAGUUGCUCAAUGAACUACAGAAAUUUCUGGAAACUGAAAAAGAUGAAUUAAUUUUGGAAGUUCCAAACCCACCUCCCAAGAAAAUUCGACUACAAGAACUAGAAGAUGGGAUUGAUAGGAUUGAUAAUCUGAGUCAGAAUGGAGAGGCAAAGGUCUCCAAUAUUGAAGAUGGUCACAUUGCUUCCAAGAAUUCAAAUUUAAAUGUGUGCAAUGUAUGUCUAGGAAUUCUUCAAGAAUUUUGUGAAAAAGAAUUCAUUAAAAAGGUGUGCCAAAAAGUUGAGGCCUCUGGGUUUGAGUUUACCAACUUGGUAUUUUCAGUCUCCUUCCCACCACAGCUAUCUGUAAGAGAGCAUGCUACAUCGUUGCUGGUAAAACAGGAAAUGGGAAAGCAGAGUCUGUCGCUGGGAAGAAAUGAUAUAGUGCAGCUAAAAGAAGCCUACAAAUGGAUAACUCACCCCCUGUUUUCAGAGGAACUGGGUGUUCCCAUUGAUGGAAAGAGCUUGUUUGAAGUAAGUGUGGUCUUUGCUCACCCAGAAACAGUUGAGGAUUGCCACUUCCUACGUGCGAUAUGCCCAGAGUGCUUCAAGCCAGCAAAAAACAAACAGUCAGUGUUCACUAGAAUGGCAGUUAUGAAAGCGUUGAAUAAGAUAAAAGAAGAGGAUUUCCGCAAGCAGUUUCCUUGUCCUCCAAACUCACCAAAGGCUGUAUGCACUGUUCUUGAAAUUGAGUGUGCUCAUGGUGCUGUUUUUGUGGCUGGGAGAUACAAUAAAUAUUCCAGGAAUCUACCACAGACUCCUUGGAUAAUUGAUGGAGAAAGGAAGCUGGAAUCUUCAGUGGAAGAAUUAAUUUCAGAUCAUCUUUUGGCAGUAUUCAAAGCAGAGAGUUUUAAUUUUUCCUCCUCUGGAAGAGAAGAUGUAGAUGUGAGAACAUUAGGAAAUGGAAGGCCCUUUGCAAUUGAGCUGGUGAAUCCUCAUAGAGUACAUUUCACUUCACAAGAAAUUAAGGAACUUCAGCAGAAAAUUAAUAAUUCAUCUAACAAAAUCCAAGUCCGUGACUUGCAGCUUGUCACAAGAGAGGCAAUAGGACAUAUGAAAGAAGGUGAAGAAGAAAAGACCAAGUCCUAUAGUGCCUUAAUAUGGACAAAUAAAGCCAUACAGAAGAAAGACAUUGAAUUCCUAAAUGACAUAAAGGACUUAAAGAUCGACCAGAAAACACCUCUGCGGGUCCUUCACCGGAGGCCCCUGGCUGUGAGAACUCGCAUCAUUCACUCCAUGGAGACACGCUAUGUGGAUGAACAUCAUUUCCACCUCUAUCUGAAGACUCAAGCCGGGACCUACAUUAAAGAGUUUGUACAUGGAGACUUUGGGAGAACCAAGCCGAACAUUGGCUCUCUAAUGAAUGUGACGGCAGACAUUCUUGAGCUGGAUGUUGAGUCUGUAGAUGUUGACUGGCCCCCUGCUCUGGAUGACUAGCAUUCAAAAUUGGAAACACAGAGUAGGGUUUUCGUGGCAUGAUGUGGACCUCCAUUCAGCAUACACUGUAUAAUGGCUCUUUACUCAGCAUUACAGUGUCUUGGAAACCAUUUGGAUCAUGUUGAUCUACGUAUUUUAAAAUUUGUUGUAACAUCUCAGGAUCUAUGUAUGUGUAUAUUUUGUGUUAAAUGUUCUAAGGAUGUCUUAUGAUUUUUCUUGUUCCCUCUCCUCCACAUGCCAAACUAUGAAUAAUGAAAACAUUCUCUUAAUUCUUUCAUCUAGAGAAGUACACAAACAGGAUACAUUCUCUAAUAAUCUGAGAAGCUAUAAUUUCUUUUGGCAGAAUUUGCCUCCAUAAGACAUACCACCUUCAAAAUCAUGUUCUAAAUUUUUAAAAUGAUCUUGAUAGAAGUUCUAUCUAGAUUUAUACAGCACAGUAUCCUAUAAUAUUCUAAGGUACCAAUGCAAAUCUAACAUCAUUAAUGUUUUUCCCAGUAAGCUUUAAGCAAGCUAUUACCAACAGAAGUACUUUUUGAUAUAAUCUGUUACAAAUCUUAAUGACUUCAAGUUACUGUUUUGACAACUUAAAGAUAUCAAUACGUUUCCUGGGGAGGGAAAGUGAAACCGUAGGAAUUGAGGCAUACAUCUUUUAAAUAAGGAGACACAAGUGCCUUCAGUAACUUCAAACCCAGGGAUAAGAUUUUGAAAAAUUAAGAUUGCUAAACAAUCUGCUGUUAUUCGAGUGCUUCAAUAUAUUAUCCAAUUUCAAACAUCUUCAUCAAGUGGAUAGGAUAUUAUCAUUUCCAUUUUAUAAAUAUGAAAACCAAAGAAUGAAAGUUAAAUGAUUUAUCUAAAAUUGUUAGUUACUUCCAUAUCAGGGGUUAAAACUGAAGUUUCCUGGUCUCUAGGGUCCUUUCUUAAUAAACUUUGUGAAUGAGCACCCACUGUGUGAAGGAGGCACCAGAGAAUGUCACUUAAAUGCACUAACCAUGAGAAAUGACUUUUGGAAUUUAUAUACCAAAUCAAGGAGCUUGCCAAAAUAUAGCCCAAGUAUACUUCAUAUGACCUUAUAUAAUUACCAUUUGUUAAUAAGUUCAUCAUCAGUUGGUACUAUGAAGAGGAAAAACAUGAAAUAAGCCAAACCUAAAGAAAAUGGAUGGGUCAUUAAAAGAAACGUUUCAACAAUUUAAAAUUUCAGAUUUAAGUGUAAUUUCUAUCACCCUGAUUCAACUAUCUGAGCUUAUUUUAGAACACAUGUGACUUGAACAGUAUUGGAUGAUUGUUGUCCCAUCUCUUCAUUAAACAUGCUUCAUAGAUACCAAGAUGUAUUAUUCAUUUUAGAAAUCAGUAAAAUUAUUUAAUUGACAUGAAGAAGUUUCAUAUAUGAAUACUAGCAAAUAAUAGUUUCACUAUUUUCAAUGCCAGAAAAUGAGAAAGGGAUAAUAGAAAUAAACUUCUGAUAAAAAGGUAAGAA